AUGGACUCUACAGCCAAUGAUAACAUAAGAAAAGAUGCGGUCAGUCAAGUGUUGGGGAAAGACAAACCAGGACGAAUCAGAGGGAUAGGCAGAGGUAUCACUGCAACAAAGCUAGCAUUCAUACAGUUAAGGGACUCUCAUGUGCAGAAGCUAAAGGCAACGCAAGCAGAAUUACUUUGUAAAUUCACAGAGCUGCAAAAUAAAAGUCAAUGUAAUGAUGUGGGUUCUCAGUCUGAUGUGAGUGAUAUUAGCAAAGGAGGUCCUAGGUGUCAGAUUCUGAAUUGGUUUGCGGAUGAGGAUGUUAUUGUCAGUGAAGGAGAGUUCUACUCUGCUGAACCAAAUUACAAGAUUGGUCAUAUUCCACUUGGCCCAAAUGCAGCUUCUGUAAUAGUGACGUCUGCCUUAGACCCGGAAACAUCUGUCUGGAGGCCUACAUCAUCUGUGUUCAACGUCGACCAAGCUGUUGGAGUCAAAAUUGCGUGGCCUAUGUCUAAAAUUAUUUUGGAUACAGAAUUAGUCAGCUCGAAUGGGGACAAGUUUCCUGGAUCUACCGCGACAAGCACAGAUGAAUCACUGCAAUUAUGUAGCAUUUUUGAUUGGAACGCGGGUGAAGUCGUGGCGGAGGGUUUACUUCAGUCAACGGACCCGAAAGAGAUGGUCAAUAAUAUACCUCUAGGCCCGAACGCUGCUGUACUGAAGAUUACCAAGGUGAUAAAAAAUGACGCUUAUCUGUGGAGACCUAGUGCUGAAAUGUUUUUGAUGGGUGCGGCAGUUGAUACGACUAUUGCGUGGCCAAUUCAUAAGAUAGAGUUUGUUGUGAAAGCUACACAGGCGGAAUCAGCGAGAAAAUCAACAACGAGUGCAAGUAAUAGCACUGGGACCAGAAAAAAUCAAGCUAAGAGGUGCAUCCUCUUAGACUGCAAAAACUCAGGUGAAAGAGUGGCAUUAGGCCGUGUCAGUUCAUCCGAUCCAGAAGAUGUUGUGCAUUUCAUUCCAUUAGGUCCUAAUGCUAGCAAGGUGUGGGUGGAUGUUUCGAAGAUUGGUAUUUCUGAGGUGUGGAUACCAAAUUCAGAGAUAAAAUUCAUAAGGGAUGCCGUAGGCACUACAAUCGCUUGGCCUAAUGAUAAGAUAAUUUUCAUGUAA